UCCCGAUUUCGUUCGAGGAUUCCAAAUCGAUCGCAGUGAUCACGAUUUCGUUCGAGGAUUCCAAAUCGAGAGAGAGAGAGAGAGAGAAAGAGAGAGAGAGAGAGAGAGAGCUCACAGGAAUCCAUGGCAGUGGGCGAAGAUCGUCGGGAGAGUGCCGGAGCUGUAGAAUCCGACGAUGAGAUAUCGCCAAUAGAGGAGGUACGGCUGACGGUGACGAACACUGACGAUCCAACGCUGCCGGUAUGGACAUUCAGGAUGUGGUUCAUAGGAAUCCUCUGCUGCGCUCUCCUCUCGUUUCUCAACCAGUUCUUCGCGUACCGCACCAACCCUCUGAUCAUCACCCAGAUCACCGUUCAGGUGGCGUCUCUCCCCGUCGGUCGAUUCCUCGCCUCCGCGCUCCCAACCACCAGAUUCAAGAUCCCUGGAUUCGGAGACCGGGAGUUCUCACUGAAUCCGGGGCCGUUCAAUAUGAAGGAGCACGUCUUGAUCACGAUCUUCGCCAACGCCGGCUCCGCCUUCGGGAAUGGCCCCGCCUACGCCGUCGGCAUCGUCGAUAUCAUCAAGGCGUUCUACAAGAGAUCCAUUUCCUUUAUCGCCGCCUGGAUCCUCAUUGUUACCACCCAGGUGUUGGGAUAUGGUUGGGCGGGCCUGAUGAGGAAGUACGUCGUUGAGCCCGCCCACAUGUGGUGGCCCAGCACGCUCGUUCAGGUCUCUCUUUUCCGGGCAUUGCAUGAGAAGGAGGACCGCCGCAUGUCAAGAGCCAAAUUCUUCAUAAUUGCCUUCAUUUGCAGUUUCGCAUGGUACGUUGUCCCUGGCUACCUGUUCACAACCCUCACAAGCAUCUCCUGGGUGUGCUGGGCAUUCUCCAACUCAGUCACUGCCCAACAGCUAGGCUCUGGCAGCAAAGGCCUGGCUCUCGGUGCCUUCACAAUGGACUGGAGUGCCAUUGCCUCUUUCCUCUUCAGUCCCCUGGUCAGCCCGUUCUUUGCCAUUGCCAAUGUCUUCAUUGGUUAUGCGGCAUUGAUCUACAUUGCCAUCCCGGUCGCCUACUGGUGGCUCAACCUCUACAAUGCAAAGACCUACCCAAUAUACUCAGCCAAGCUCUUCACUCCCACGGGCUCACGUUACAACAUCACAGCCAUUGUGAAUGAAAAGUUUGAGAUUGACUUGGACGCCUAUGAGCAGCAAGGAAGGGUUAGUCUCAGCAUGUUCUUUGCUCUGAGUUAUGGUUUUGGCUUCGCUUCCAUUGCAUCCACAGUUACCCAUGUUGCCUUAUUCUAUGGAAGGGAGAUAUAUGAAAAAUUCCGCGCUUCAUAUCAAGGAAAGGAAGACAUCCACACAAGGCUGAUGAAAAGAUAUGAGGAUAUACCUGGGUGGUGGUUUUAUGUUCUGCUCCUCUUUACAUCUGUGGUUUCUGUCAUUCUGUGCACUAUCUUGAAGGACCAAGUCCAGCUUCCAUGGUGGGGUCUCAUAUUUGCAUGUCUCAUGGCCUUCAUGUUCACUCUUCCUAUCAGCAUCAUCACAGCCACAACAAACCAGACUCCAGGACUGAACAUAAUCACAGAAUACAUCAUGGGAGUCAUUCAACCAGGAAAACCCAUAGCCAAUGUUUGCUUCAAAGUCUAUGGCUACAUGAGCAUGACACAGGCUAUAUCUUUUCUUUCUGAUUUCAAGCUCGGCCAUUACAUGAAAAUCCCCCCAAAAUCCAUGUUCUUAGUCCAGUUUGUCGGCACAAUGAUUGCCGGAACGAUAAACCUCGGUGUGGCCUGGUGGCUUCUUGGCUCCAUUAAGAACAUCUGCGACCCUGAUCACCUGCCAAUGAACAGCCCAUGGACAUGCCCGAAUGACCUCGUCUUCUUCGACGCCUCUGUAAUCUGGGGACUGAUAGGACCUCGUCGGAUAUUCGGGCCACUGGGGAACUACAUUGCGCUCAACUGGUUCUUUCUUGCAGGCGCAGUAGGGCCAAUCAUAGUGUGGCUCCUGCACAAGGCAUUCCCAAGCCAGUCAUGGAUCCCAUUGAUAAACCUCCCAGUGCUGAUAGGAGCAACAGGAUCAAUGCCACCAGCCACAGCACUCAACUACAGUGCAUGGGUAGCAGUAGGCACAGUGUUCAACUUCUUCAUCUUCAGGUACAAGAAGAAGUGGUGGACAAGGUAUAACUACGUGCUAUCUGCUGCAUUGGAUGCUGGAGUGGCGUUCAUGGCCGUGCUGCUCUACUUUUCCCUGGGCUUAGAGAACGUGAGCCUGGACUGGUGGGGGACUCGCGGCGAGCACUGCGACCUCGCCGCUUGCCCCACGGCCAAAGGCGUUCAAGUUGAUGGCUGCCCUGUUUUUUAGCCUAAAAAAACACCUUAAUUAUUUGCAGCAUUUGCUUUUGAAUUCCAAAUGUAUAGUUUUAUUAUACUCAAAUAAACCCGAGAAUAAACAUCAUGCCAAGUUCUUAUUUAUUGCUGAAUAACAUUGUUUGGAUAACGAAAGAGGGGAAAAA